AUGGCUAUCGAAUGCACUGACUCUCCCCUCUCUGGCCUAUGGAGGCCCCAGGACCAUCUCAAGUACCUGCACUACGGUUCCGGGUGCGUCGAGAGACACCUCUUGAGCGUGAUCCCUUCCCCUACCUCCAAGGUCUUCAUAAUCACUGGCAGCUCCAUGGCCAACAAGACACCCGCGAUCCGCAAUCUAGAGGAGUUUCUCGGCGAGCUCCACGCCGGGACCUACUCGGACAUCAAGCAGCACGGCCAGGCCGAGGGAGUUGAUGAGGCUACCCGGCUGGUCAACGAAGACGACGAGAUCGAUACGGUGGUGUCCGUUGGAGGCGGCUCGCCCAUUGACUCGGCCAAGAUGGUCUGCUUCCGCAUACACGAAUCGACGGGGAGGACUCUCACGCACAUCGCCAUCCCCACGACGCUCAGCGCUGCCGAGUGCACAGCCGGGGGAGGUUUCACACGCUCUGACGGCACCAAGCUUGGUUUCAUGCACCCUUCCAUGGGUGUGGGCGCCAUCUUCUACGACGCCUCGUUUGCUCGACACACCCCCAAGCGCCUCUGGCUCUCGACGGGUCUGCGGGCGGUAGAUCACGCAGUCGAGACUGUGUAUCAUCCAAACGCCUCCGAGGUGCCGUGGAAGGCCCUAGCUCAGUGGGCUCUGGCUGUUCUAGUCGAAUGUCUUCCGGCAGCAGAUAAGAUCCAUGGCUCUGAUACUGCCGACGACAUCACUACCAAGCUACAACUCGCUGCUUUUGCCAGUUCUGGCCUUCGUGGUUCCAACUUUAGAGACGGAAUGGGCCUCUCGCACGCUCUAGGCCACGCUCUUGGAAGUCCUUAUGGAAUCCCUCACGGUGAAACCAGCUGUCUGACGCUGGGUCCGGUCCUCCGCCACAAGGCAGAGACGGACGAGGCGGCCGCCCAGCAGAUCGCCCGUCUGCUUCCAACCUUGGGGGAGAAUCGCCGAGGAGAAGACGCUCGCGGUGAAGCUAUUGAAGUGUCACAGCGUGUGGAGGCCCUGGUGAGGGAGUUGGGGCUGGAGCAGCCGUCCCUCUCAGCACGUGGAGUUGGCCGUGAGCAGGUUGCCGUUAUCGCCAGGAGAGCAUCUGGAGGGGAACCAAGCAAGGAGAUUCUCGCAUUGGUUGAGAGUUUGUUCUAG